AUGCGCACGCACGCGCACCCGCCUGCGCCGUGCUGCCGUGCCGCGCGCGCCCGCCUCCGCCCGCGCAUGCCCGCCUCCUCCUCCUACUGGCGCUCGCGCCCAGCCUGGCCGCUCCCCUGCGCCUCGGGCACACGCACGCUCGCGCCCGGGCUGCAUCUCGCUCGCGUGCGCCCGCCCAUCGCUCGCCCAUCGCCUCCCCUGUCUGCUGAACUGCCGCCGCUCCCCGCCAGCGCCGCAGCCGCUCGCAGCCGUCUCUGCUCGCUCGCCUCUGCGUUGGCCACUGCCGGCUGUCCCACGGCCUCGCAGCCGCCGGCCGUUGCGUCGUCCGCCGUUUGCUCCCGCUCACCCACUGCUGCUGCUUCUUGUGCGGUCGCCGCCGGUGCUGCUGCGCCCGCGGGCGCCUAA